GGAAUAUAAUAUAGUUAUCUUACUCUUUCCUCUUUUAUCAACAACCUCUCACACCAGCUUUUACCUUCACCCUCACAGUUAUCUUCAGUUUCUGGGAAUUUAGACACCAAAUCUGUCAUGAGAAGAACAGGAGAAGAGACAGUGGCAUGGAGGUACUUUCACAGAGAUGUUGUGCCUUUUGCUGCAAUGUUUGCUGUUGAGUGUUCCACUGUUGGGUCGAACACACUGUACAAGGCUGCAUCGCUAAGAGGAUUGAACUUCUAUGUCUUUAUCUUUUACUCUUAUGCUGCUUCAACACUUGUGCUUCUUCCACUUGCCCUUAUCUUUGGAAGAUCUAAAAAAUUACCUUCAGCCAAGUCUCCUCUCUUCUUCGAGAUGUUAUUACUUGGGCUUUUCGGGUGCAUGGCGCAGAUGGUUGGUUUUAAAGGUGUAGAACAAAGUUCUCCUACUCUUUCCUCUGCUAUGAGCAAUCUCACGCCAGCUUUCACAUUCACCCUCGCAGUUAUCUUCAGGAUGGAACAAGUAGUGUUAAGGAGCUCUGCGACUCAAGCUAAAAUCAUCGGUGGAGUUCUAUCUAUAUCUGGUGCUCUGGUUGUUGUGUUGUAUAAAGGCCCAAAAGUUCUAUCUGCUGCAUCUUUUACACUUUCAUCAUCUCCUACCAGUUCGCUUCACCAGCACUUGACUUCAUCAGAGUCAAGCUGGAUAGUUGGUGGCCUUUUGCUUGCUUCACAGUUCUUUUUUGUUUCAGUCUGGUAUAUUGUUCAGACUCUGGUCAUGGAGUUAUACCCUGAAGAAAUAACAGUGGUCUUCUUCUACAACUUAUUUGCAACGCUAGUCUCAGCACCUAUAUGUUUUUUGGCGGAAAGGAACUGGACUUCUUGGAUGCUUAAACCGGAUAUUACCCUUGCUGCAAUCGUAUACUCGGGAGUCUUUGCCUCAGUAUUCAGUGUGCUUACACACACAUGGGGUCUGCAUCUGAAGGGUCCUGUCUAUGUAUCCUUGUUUAGGCCACUGUCUAUUGCAAUCGCAGUUGCCAUGGGUGCUAUAUUCCUCAGUGAUGCACUUCACCUCGGGAGUGUCAUUGGAUCAGUGAUAUUGUGUUUUGGAUUCUACACCGUGAUUUGGGGCAAAAAAAGAGAGGAUUCAACCAAAAAUUUAGCUGGUUCUGAGCAUUGUGCACCCUUGCUGCUUACACACACCGUAGAAGAUGAAGGCUCGUCAUUAAGAUAAGAUUGAAACAAGUGAAUGAUGAUAAUAUGCGUAUACUAUUAAUUUGUAAAUGCGGGUGGAGGGUGAUAACUUUGGAAUUAUUGCGUUAUGCUGGUCUCAGAAACAUUUGUUCACAAUGCAAAGUUAUCCAAACAAAUGAGUAUUCUUCAGUUUCGUUUUAUGGAGAAUUUUCAAAUGGAAGUUGGGAAAUUCUUCAGAAGGCAUAUAUGGGCGUUUCUGGUUUGUAGUUUCAUAAUUCGGGAGAAUCUGGUUCAUGUCGCAGAUAGAUGGCUGUAAAGAAGUAUAUAAUAUAGUUCCCCAAAGCUUGCCUCCUCUAUCAGCAACCUCAUACACCAGCUUUUAACUUCAUCCUCAGGCUCUUGGACGAGCUUACGAAUCUGGAUGCUGCUUGUGCGUCAUAUCGGUUUACAGGGAACCAAAACUUUUACAGAACAGUUGAGAUUAUGUCUCAAAUGUAUUGCCCUGACAUAGCUGAAGACAGGCAAGAUUCUGACCACAGACUUUUUGAUCCUGAAGAUUAAUAAAGUCUAGAAAGAGUUUAUUUUUUGUUCUACGUUGUGAUAGUGGGCUAAAAUAAACAAACUACUGUAUGUAGAUUUUGCAUUUAGGCUUUUUGCCAUAAUCUACUGUUAGGCAGUUUUGUGAAAACUUCGAAGCAACUGCAAAUAAGCUUAAAGCGCAGAUAAUUGGGAAAGAAGUUAAAAGGAA